GGAAAACCCCAGAAAUGCUGAAUGAAUAAGACUGAGUUUCACCUUAAAGCGCUCGAGCUUCAGCUUAAACGGCGGCGGGAAAAUGUUUAUUGCCAUGAACUGGCACAGCAUGCGUCAAUUAGCUGGAGAUUCACAUGCACAGAUGUGAAGCACAGACCGCGUUUUGAGGCGUCAAGCGCAACCGCAGUCGCACGGCGAGGGGUGGAAGGCGUGAGGCGCAUGAUUGCUGAUAAGAAAAUCAAAAACUAAAAAUUAAAAAUAUUUAAUAGCGAAGAAGUGGAGCAGGUUUUUACGCGUGACCAAAAAAAUUUCGCGCAUUCAACUGAUAUAUCCAAAGCGGUUUUUUUUUUCUUUUUCAAAUUGAUUCUGGGAAAUUUCACAUGAUUGUACUUGUGAGAGCGGCAGAGAGGUGUUGUGAAAAAGAGUAAAAAGAACAAAAUCCAAAAUCAAAUUGGGAGCAAACGUAAAACCCCAACAAGCAGUAGUUGCUGUGCGAUGGCCUGAAGGUGAGAGUGAGUGCGAGAGUGAACACAAAAAAGCACCGUCUGUGUGGAGCCAAAUGUGGCUCCCCCAUAGCGAAUGCUUAUCACUUUGCUUUGGCGAAGGCGAAAUAGAGAGAGAGCGCAAUGUGAAGCUUUUUCGUCGGUUUCUGAUGAAAUUCAAUGGAAAUGCAAACGUUAGCGAGAGCGCUGGUAUAAAAGCGACUGCACAGCCAGUUCGGAGCAUUCAUUGUGAAAUUACAAAUCAAAAUUGAAGCAAGUCAAAAGAGCGCUUGAACGGAAUAAAUUGCAAACACGUUAAAGUGAAAGCAAAGCAAAAAAGAAUUUCAUAACAAAUUGUGUUACAACAAAAAAGAAAAUAAAAACAAAAACAGACAUUUUACAAAAGAAAAUUGCAGUGAAAGCAAAAGCAAAUACAAAACAAAAGUGAAACACACCCCCAACAAAAGCAAUAAGAGGGUCAAUUUCAAAAGAACAUUUAUUAAGAAAGCAAGAAAAGCAAAGCAAGUGCUAAAGAACACUUUUAAACAAAAUUAAAAAGAACUCAACAAGUGUCGUGUCUAUAUAAAGGUGAAAACGUUGUCAAUAUCAAAGACACAGUCAAAGAAAAUCGCGUGCGCAUAUAAAACGCUAACAUUAGCAAGCGAGCACAGCAAACAAGCAAAGUCGGUCGCAACGAAACCAACUGCUAUUUCAUCAGUACUAAGCGCCAAUAAAAGCGUUAAAAUUCCGCCGUACGCACAGCACAACCUCUAUCCAACAUACAAAAUGGUCGUGGACGCAUCACAUUUACAGCACUACAACAACAGCAAGGUAAUGAGCGACAUCAACCUGGAACAACAUUUGGCGAGCCUGAACCUCAACGAAAAGCCAACACAAGUCACCCAAAUGGAUUACACCAAAAUCGGACGUACCGUCAAAUCAGCGCUACUGAAGGCACAGGCUGAGUCGCGUGUCAUUGUCGGACUCAGUGCCGCCAGUCAAGCACUAUCCAAAUCCUCGGAAGGUUCACUCUUCUGCAUCAUGGCUGUACCACAAGUCGGCGAUUCCGCUACACAUAUGCAUGAAGUGUUGCUGGAGGCUUUCUGUUAUGAGAACGACAUUUAUGUCAUCAAAGUAGAUUGUCCCACCAAGCUGAGCCGCAUUCUGGGCAAAACCACUGUAGAAUCUUGCUGUUUGGUACAGAAGACUUGGACCGGCGAUGAUGAAUCGGAAGAUGAACAUUUGAAUAAACAUGAAGAGAUGUUAGUCGACUACUGCGAGGCAUUUUGGGAUGCGCCACAACAUCCAAUUGUCGAGCUGCCAGUCGUGUGAAUACAUGGACGUACAGUGACAAAGGGAGCACAUAAAAAUAUUUGAACGAGAAGCACAAAUACACAACAUAACGUAAUUAUGGAAAGCGUUUUGAUUGUACAAACUUCUCUUAUGGUGAAAUUUUGAAAACAAAAUACAUUUUUGGCUUAAACAAAAGAAAAAUCAACAACAACGAAGACGACGAAACGAGCUUAUAACGAUGUCUGGAACACAAAAGCCGACAUUGGUGCGUUCGAAGUGUGAGGAAAAACCAAAAAGAAAAUCGAAUAUCUCAAAACUGGAUUGUUGCGGAGAGAACGAGAUGAAGAUGAAGGUGUUCAAUGAUGUGGAAGUAUGCGGUGCCGGCGUCUCGAAUGCAAAUUUUGUAUAAUAACGAUACUAACAACGGAUUCGGGUACGCCAGACAGAUCCGCAAGUGGCAUUCCAGUCAUAUUAUUAACGAAUUGUUACAAAAGUAUUAGAAAUUAAUGAUAAUUAAUUUCGUAAUCAAGCAAACGACAUACAUAUAUAACAACAACAACAACAACACUGUACGCCCCCAGCAGCAGCAAAAUAAUAACAGCGACAAAAACAACAACAAAAGCGUCAUACAACGCAAAGCCGUCAAGAGCUCCUACCCCUCGCAGCAGUCGCAGCAGCCGCAGCAAAUGACCUUGUCACCGCCGCCGCCAACAAUGCAACGGAAGAGCGCCAGAUUUACGACAGCAACGCGCACUACUCAAGCUCAGCUUAACCAAUACACACAUAUAUAGUUACAUAGCGAGCGAGUGCGUGCGUGUCCAGCGCGUGCGAUGAGGAAGUCAGAUUAAGAUCAGCAACAGCAACAGCAACAACAACAACAACAACAACAACAGCAGCAGCAGCGUUUGCGGCAACUAGACGGCUUUGAUGCUAAUUAUAUUUUAUAGUUUACAAAAUACAUACAUACUAUUGCAUAUAUAAAUCUAGCAAAAUUAGAGAAAAAAGUCGCUAUUAUAAAACUUGAUAGGUUAUUAAUUAAAAUGGAAAUAUGAGUGAAAAAAAAAUUAUUAUUGCGAGCUCAUAUUUUAGCGAUAAAGCACGAAUAAGCAACAGAAAAAAUGAAAACUUAAAUUAAGCAGAAAAAAGUUUCAUAAAAUGAAAGAUGUUGACCUUAACUUAAAAGCUGAUACUGAAAUUGUAUAAUUGUUUUAAAUUAUUUCAAGCAGUAGAGUCAGUCAAUAAGAGAGACAGAGAGAGCGAAAAUUUGUUUAUA